AUGAGAUCGUCUUCUUUAUGUCUUGCCGUGAAACAGAUGAAAAAGAAGGAGGAGGAGAUGAGCCUGACUGUGGCCUUACCAGAUAUCCCUGAGGAAUUGUUGAUCGAGAUUCUGACAAGAUUACCGGUUAAAUCUCUGAUGAGAUACAAGUGCGUCUCAAAACUCUGGCUUUCCCUUAUCACCUCUCGAUACUUCACAGACCUUUUCCUUAAAUCCUCAUCACAUGGACGACGUUUCUUCGCGUAUUUAGUGGAUCAAGAAACACGAAUCAAGUAUGCGUUGCUCGCAUCAUCGUCUGAUCAUGAUCACUCGGACACAACCGUCUCUGUAAUCGACCAAGACCUAGCCAUGUCAAAAAUAGAAGGCCGCUUUGUGAGCGUUGCUCGUGGCUUGGCGUGUUUCACAAGUCAGAAAAGUGUGCGAAUUAGCAAUCUCCAUACUAGGCAGGUUGUGGAGUUGCCCGAGUUGAUAUCUGCAACCAUAGUGAAUAACAACAUGUCGAACUAUUUUGGACAUGAUCCUGUUAAUGAUGAGUACAAAGUGCUUAGCGUAGUUUGGGAUUUCAGUAAUGAAGAGGGAGUAUUGAGAUCCGAACAUCAAGUGUUGUUCAAUUUGAUUGAAUUGCCUAAUGAGAUUCCCUAUUGGUGGUACUAUUCUUUCAAAGGUUUCAUAAUCUACAAAGGAAAAUUAGCUUUGUUUACUCACAGUAGUAAUUUGAGUUAUAGUAUUUCUGAAGUUUGGGUUCUUGAAGAUGCUAAGAAGAGUCAAUGGUUUGAAAAGAAGACUUUUGUUUUGCCUGUUUCUCUGGCGAAUCAAAGGAUCUGUGUCACUAGUGGUAGUAAUACGGUUUGGUUCAGAAAGGUAGAUGUCAAGCCGAAUCAAGCCACACGUUUUUUCAUUUAUGAUCCGGAGAGGAAUGAUUCAACACAAAGCAUAGAGAUUAGGCCUUUUCGUGGUAGCUUUAAGAAGACCAAUUGGUUGUUUUCAAGUUUUUGGUAUGAUAUUGAAAACAUAAUGUAUUUGGAAAUUUAG